AUGGUGCUGCAUCGGGCCAUCCAGGCGGCUCGAGACGCAGACCUGGCAGCUCUGAGGAGUCUAGCAUCUUCCGGUCAGCUCUCGCUCGCUGUCUGCGAUGCCCAAGGUGCGGGCCCGGUUCACCACGCCGCUAGGUGUGGACGCCUGGCCUGCCUGCAGCUCCUGGUGAGCGACCUCGGGCUGCCUGCGGACUCACGAGCCUCAAACGGGGCCACGGCGGCGCACGACGCGGCAGCCACUGGUAACAUCCGGGAGUUGCAGUGGCUCGUGCAGCGAGGAGGCUGCAGCGUUGAGGACGGCGACGCGGCGGGAGCCACGGCUCUUCACCUGGCAGCUCGGUUUGGCCGUGUGGAGAUGACCGAGUGGCUCCUGUCGGUUGGAGGAGUGGCCACUGCCCAGACAAACUGUGGAGCGGUACCAGCUCACUAUGCUGCAGCCAACGGGGGUCUCACCUGUCUCCAGCUUCUCCUCCGGGAGGCGCCCAGGUGUGUGAACCGGCAGACGGCCACAGGGGCCACACCGCUGUACCUGGCCUGCCAGGAGGGGCACCUGCACGUGGCCCGGUACCUUGUGACAAACCACGGGGCCGACGUUCACCUGACGGCCUACGAUGGCAUGACGUGCCUUCACGCCGCCGCUCACAUGGGCCGCCGGGCUGUGGUGGACUGGCUGGUGACCUGCACCGACGUGGGUUUGUCCUGCCAAGACAGGGAAGGAGCAACAGCUAUGCACUUUGCCGCCAGCAGGGGGCACCAUUGCAUCUUGGAGAAGUUGCUCCACAUGGGUUCUAAAGUCAUCAAAGAUUUCUGGGGAGGGACCCCUCUACAUGACGCUGCAGAGAACGGGGAGCUGGAAAGCUGUAAAAUCCUGUUGGCCAACGGAGCGAACUCCACAGAGGAGGAUAUUGAUGGGUUCACAGCAGCAGACUUAGCAGAGUACAACAGGCACUCUGAAUGUGCCAGGUACCUUCGUGCCAUAGAGAAGAACGCGUUGUGGACGGACAGAUCCAUUGAGGUUCUCGCUCCGGCAGAGGAGGACAUCCAGGUGAAGCCGACUGUGUUGUUUUCACGCAGCAAAGAGGACUACUAUGGGAGCCUGAAUGAGGAGUGCAGAGACAGUCACAUGGAUAGUCUGAAGCAACCUGAGAGUGAGGAGUCACCACAGGCUAGAUACCCUCAGCCUCCGUUACCUUCUACUGCAGAGAGAAAUGCAGGAAGGAGACUAGAGCAAGUCCAGAUUGCUGCAUCUGUUAUUAAAGGUUUUAAUCAAUCCAAGGCAGCUGGGAGUGAGAGAACUGCCUCAGCUGAUAAGACAACGUUUCCUGAUACGAACCUCCUGGCUGAGAAAAAACUCCUGGGUGACAUGAAAAACAUUAAAUCGCUGAGAGAUUCAGGGAUGUCGGGAGUUUUUACAGGACAAGCGAGCAAGAUGGUGGUCCUUCCCACUGAGGAGGCUAACCUGUCAGACAUUGACUAUCUGGUGCCCACCCACGAUGAGAAAGGUCAGCCCAUAGCUGAGUGGAAGAGGCAGGUCAUGGUGAGGCAACUGCAGGCGCGGCUGCUGGACGAAGAGGACCAGAGGAGGAAGGAAAAUGGGAGCAGAUAUGCCAAAGUCAGCUGGAGGUACUCCCAAGCCCACAAUGCCAUCCUGGGACCCUCUGGUGAGCUGCUGACAGAGGAUGACCUCAUCUAUCUGGAGCAGCAGAUUGCCAACGUCUCCCUUCAGAGGAACUGCGCAGGUUAUGAGCUGGAGCUGGCUCGCCUCGCCGAGGAGCUCAGGCAUAUCCUCCCGGCUCCCAUAGUCAACAUCACUGUCAACACCCAGUUCAGGAACUUCAAGAGCCAAGUUCCCCUACCUGUGUGGUGUGGCCGGAUCUCCGGCAUCGUAAAAAGCAUGUCUCUGCUCAUGACCAACCUGACAGACCAGCCCUACUGUAAGAUGCCCAACACUGAACUCAUCACUGUGUUUUCUCAGGCACCAGACAGACAGAUCUCCAACAGGGUGCGCAGGGAAAGCAUCGAGGACGAAAUCCAUCAAUUCGGAGUGUCCGUGAGGACUUUGAGGUCAAAUUUCGAGAAACAGAACACAUCUUUGUCGGAUCACCAAGAGGAGAGCGUCAUGUUCUGUCCUUCCGCGCAGCUUGAAGAUGCACACCUCGACAAACAGCUGAGAGAGUUGAAACCAGCUGCUGAAGCAGACCAGAACAGCGACUCUGGUAUUGACAACGACGAAAUUGUUGCAGAUGUUCAGGAAACAAUCAGCCUUAGAAAGGAGCGCAUAGUGGUCCUGUUCUUAGGUCACUGGAAAAAGUCUGCCUACGCAGUGACGUUGAAGAGCAGGGAUGCAGUCGAAAGGAAGAUGAGCAACGGAAACCCAGGGAGCCAUGAUGAGUAUGGUUCUGGUCGAAGAGGCAGCGCAGAAAGUGACGAGUCCGUUAUGAUGAACAGUUCACUGGGACAUUUCUUUAAACAGAGAAGUGCCGUCAACAAGAUGAUGGGAAACUGGAGGAAAAUGAUCUCCAGUGUCCCUUCCAGACAGAUUCGCAGGCUCCACAGGCAGAAGGCCCUCUUCUCCCCAGAGCAGUUCCUACCUCGUCUGGACGGGGUGCCAGUCGACUACGACAGCCUGACCCUGGAUCUCUUUAUGCUGGGCUACUUUCACAUCUUGGAGUUGGAUCUCCCUGUGGAUGAAAGGAAAAUGAGGCACUUGCUGUGCUUCGAGGUUUUCGACCGUUUGGGGACGUUCCCCUGGGAGACAAUCAGAGAGUUUCACAAGGCAGUCGUACAGGACAUCGAGGCUGGGAACCGUGAGUGGAAGGACGGCUUUGAGGACAUUAAAGUGAAAUUCUUUGGAAACACUGUGAGUGAAUCUGAAGACGUGUCCAAUGUGGUGAAACCCAUCCUCCCAGAGGUUAGACAGGUCCCUAAAGUCAUCGUUCAAACACCUACGCCUGAUGAGAACGUGCUCUACGGCGGAACUGAUAUUUCCAGUUUCAGCAAUGAAGAAAUAUGUCAAUAUAUUGAUCGCAGUUUUGCUUUUUGGAAAGAGAAAGAGGCAGAGAUCUUUGAUUUUGAGUAGUUUACUAUAUCUUUUAAAUUUUUUUAUGCUUUGUAGUAAAAGAUAACUAUGAAUUAUAAAGUAACUUGUUUCUAUUAAAGAACAUGUUCUGCAGUUUAGAGGAAGCUUUUUUUGUGGUUUCUUUAAUUAUGACAGUUAAUGUCAUGUUUCCUUUAAUUCUAUUCAAUAUUGUCGGAUGUGACCUAAUUUGUACAAUUUUUAUAAGGUUUUACUGCACUGUGCUUUAGGAAUUAAACAGCAACGAAUUUCAGAA